UUAAAAAAAAAAAAAAUAUAUAUAUAUAUAUACAUCUAUUGGUUGCUGAUUUGGACGCAUUUGUGAAAAUUGCUAAUAUGGCAGAAAAUUGUCAACUCUGAUAUUAUAUUGUUUAAGUUUAUGUCAUUUAUUAUUUAUCAUAAUUAUUAACAGUAUUAUAAUUGUUAAGUGGUGAAUUAAAAUGUAUAAAUAAUAAAAAAUAAUUUAAUGAUUGUGUACAGGGACUAAAGUGGUGAUUAUUUAGUUGCGCGGUGAACAGUACCCGCGUAAAAUUUAUUCUUGUGUCGACACGUUUAUUCCUUUUGCUAUUAUUAUAUAUACAUACACACAUAUAAACAUACAUAUACAAUAAAUAUAUACAUCGUUAAAUCAACAUACAAAAACUUUACAGUGAUUAUAUAUAUAUAUAUAUAUUUUUUUUUUAAUUAAAAUAAUUAGUCUAUGGGUUUAGUUAUAAUGAGUAUGGUUAAAUUUUCGACACUAUAGAUUGAUAACUGGAACUUAAUUAAUUGUUUGACUGCUGCUACUUCUGCUGGUACUGAAAGUCCAAAAAAAUAAUUUAAAAAUAAAAACAAUGAGUACUUAUAACCUUUGUUCGUUGUGUGCUGUGUGAUUGUCAGCGGUUCGUAAACGGGACGUCAGAUUAUUGUUUUUUCUUAAAUUAAAAAAACCCCCAAGCGUUAAUUACUCUUCAACGUGGCAUUUAAUAUAUUUUUAUCUUAUUUAAUGCGUAUGAGCUGUUUUUAUUUUUUAAAAUACUCAUGACUAAAAGGUAAUUUUAAGGGGAGAUAACAGGCUAUGGCCAACCUGAACUUUGAGCAGCCACCACGAAGUAUAGCAACAGCGAGUCUGUCGUCACGUGGGGCUGGUGGUGGAGGCUUGAGCUCUUCCACCCUCGUGGGUCAUGUCACACCUACCUCGGGCAUGUUCUCAGGCUCGUCGGCGAGUACCUCAAGCACGGCGAACUCAGCGAUCGUCGGAGCCAGCAUUUAUCCUGGUGCCUCGGGCGCAGCCUCCCAAUCUGUUGGACACCAGCCUCAGCAGCAACAGCUCUCACCGAUGGGUACCAGGGGACUCUUCGGACAGAGAGCGUUUACGGAUAGACGUAACAUGCCAACUCUUGGAAACUCUAAUCCAAUGGGUAGUAUGGGAAGUUUUGGAAUACCUCAGAGUCGGAGUUACGGAUCUCAAGGUGCGAUCAACAAUUUUCAUUCUGUAUUUGGGAGCGGCGGAGGCGGAGACACCAGCACUCCUCCACUGUUAGACCUCUCGGAGUUUCCCUCGCUGACGAAUCGAGGCCAGGGUGAUUCGAUGCCCCAACCUAGCCCAAUGCCGGGCAAACAAGCUUAUGAUCCUUAUCUCGUUGCAGUUGGUAUGGUAAAACAACCAACGUCCGAAGCAAGUGAGUUCACGAUGAGCUCGGAAGAUUUUCCUGCGUUACCUGGUACACAAAGCAGGGAAGGUCCAUCACCUGGCGGCAGCGUGACGGGAGAUAAAAGUCUGUCUGUGGGUCUAGGUCCUGAAAUUGGUCAGGACGUAUUACAAAAUAAUAGAGCACCUGGUUCCGAAAAGUCACAAGCGUCCAAAAGAGGCAUCCAAACCUCACCUGAUGGAAAAGUAACGAAUAUACCAGCAAGUAUGGUGAAAGACCAAUUCGGUAUGGUAGGAUUGUUAACGUUUAUAAGAGCAGCAGAAACGGAUCCUAAUUUGGUAUCACUGGCACUCGGACAAGACUUAACAGCAUUAGGAUUAAAUCUAAAUUCUCCUGAAAACCUUUACCAAAAUUUUGGUGGACCCUGGGCGGACACGCCUUGUCGACCGCAGGAUAUUGACUUUCACGUGCCGCCCGAGUAUCUUAUUAACGCAGCUAUAAGAGAGAAGUUGGCACCUGUAAAACUCAACCGGUACAAGGAUGAUCUCUUAUUUUAUAUGUUUUAUACAAAUGUUGGUGAUGUAUUACAAUUAGCCGCGGCAGCUGAAUUGUAUAGCAGAGAAUGGCGAUAUCAUAUGGAGGAGAAGGUUUGGAUUACGCAAGCACCGGGUCUUGGAGUGGUUGAAAAAACCUCGACGUAUGAACGUGGUACUUAUUAUUAUUUUGACGCGCAAAACUGGAGAAAAGUAGCCAAGGAAUUCCAUCUUGAUUAUACGAAGCUGGAAAGUAGACCUCAUCUUCCUACGACCUUUCAUCAAACCCAGCCUUGACUGCAGAUUUCUCUGUGGAUACUUGAGCUGAAUAUGAGCUGGGCGAAUCCAGCAAUUGUAUAAAUGAACAAAUUUAAUAAUCUUUAAUAAAAACAUUAAAUUCGAAGAGUAAUAAAUGAAAAUUUCUUGCACGUCA